CCGACAGAAGCCUGUAGUUCUUCUGGCGCCAAUCCAACCGCCUCGAAACAUAAAAAGCAGCACCCAAGUCCUCUUUCGAGUCGUUUAAUUUCCACCGUAAUCAUCGCUUUCACCGGCGACCAUGUCCUCCGAUGCCGGAACCCUAACCCUUGACUCUACCACUCUCUACACAACCGCUCUCAACUCCCUCCCCGGCCAAUCUUCCUCACAUUCAAACCCACCACCCCUCCCUCUUCCCCUAAUCCCUCCCUCAGUCCCUCAACCGAAACUGAUUCCAAAAACUCGCUUUAUCAUCGACGGUUUCAAAUACGCCGGCGAUUUCUCAGUUUCAUACUUCCUCUCUCAUUUCCACUCCGAUCACUAUACUGGCCUUUCCCCUAAUUGGUCCAAAGGUAUCAUUUUCUGCUCCUCCAUAACCGCUAACCUUCUCAUCCAAGUCCUCAAUGUUCCUGCGCAAUUUGUAGUGUCUUUACCGCUCUCCGAAGCCGUUUUAGUCGACGGCUCCGAGGUAUUUCUCAUCGACGCCAAUCAUUGUCCUGGUGCUGUGCAAUUUUUAUUUAAAAUUCCAGUUAAUUAUGGCAAAUUUGAGCGGUAUAUUCACACAGGUGAUUUUCGUUAUUGUGACAAAAUGAAAUUAGAGCCUGUUUUAAAUGCAUUUAUUGGUGCUGAUGCUGUAUUUUUAGAUACAACUUACUGUAAUCCGAAAUUUAUAUUCCCUAGUCAAGAUGAGUCAAUUGAUUAUAUAGUUGGUGUUAUAGAGAAAUAUGGAGUUGAGAACGAGGGUUCAUUGAAAAAUAUAUUGUUUAUUAUUGCUACUUAUGUUAUUGGGAAGGAGAAGAUUUUAGUGGAGGUUGCGCGGAGAUGUAAGAGAAAGAUCCACGUCGAUGGCAGGAAAGUAGCAGUUUUGAAGGUAUUAGGUCGUGGGGAGGAUGGGAUGUUUACUACCUUUGAAUCUAAAACCGAUGUUCAUGUUGUUGGGUGGAAUGUGUUGGGUGAGACUUGGCCAUAUUUCAGACCCAAUUUUGUGAAAAUGAACGAGAUCAUGAAUGAAAAAGGGUAUUCUAAGGUGGUUGGUUUUGUCCCAACUGGCUGGACUUAUGAAGUGAAGCGAAAUAAGUUUUCAGUGAGGAAGAAAGAUUCCUUUGAGAUACAUCUUGUUCCAUAUAGUGAACAUUCUAAUUAUGAUGAGCUUAGACAAUAUGUGAAGUUUCUGAAACCAAAACGUGUCAUACCAACAGUAGGCAUAGAUGUUGAGAAGCUGGAUAGCAAACAUGCUAAUGCCAUGCGGAAGCAUUUUGCUGGCUUGGUCGAUGAGAUGGCCAUUAAGCAAGAAUUUCUAAUGGGUUUUCAUCCUUGUGUCCAAGGGGAGGAAGAUAUGGAUGCAAAAGAAUCUCCUCAUGCUUCAGUUAGUAUCACCAAUCAAGAAAACACAGGCAAAUCUGCUAAUGCUUUAGUUAGUAUCACCAAGCAAGAAAAUGAGGAUAUGUCAGUGGAUUCUAAGAUCUGCAAUAUUGGUGAUAGGGAGGAUAUUAUCCAUUCAUUUCCUCAAGGAGAACCUGAGUUGCAAGGUUUAGAAAAAAUAAGUGAAGGUGAUGUGGAAGAAGAGCUGAAAGAGCUUAAAGACUGUUUACCCAUUUGGGUCACUAAAGACCAGAUGUUGGAUUUACUUAGUAUUUCGGGAAAAAAUAUUGUUGAUGCAGUCACUAACUUUUAUGAACAUGAAACCGAAUACCGCGAACGGGUCACUGUCAGUAAUUCUCCUACCUCUUCAUUUGAGCCAAACUCACCAAAUGGGUCUGCAUUGCCUUUUAAACCAAAAGGAGAUGAAUCUAUGCUGUCUCCCAAACCAUGGGUUGGUAAAAUGCCGCAGCAGGGUGAGACAACUGCAUCAAAUAAAACCUUUAAACUGGCCAACAUGAACCGUUCCAGUUGCAAAACUAUUUCUCCGGGUAAAAGGAAGAGAAGUGCUGAAAACAAGUCGCUUAAAAAAGCAAGAGGAAAUGUAAGUAUGGAACCUGGUGGAUCAAAGCAGUGUACUAUAACAAAGUUCUUCAGUAAAAUGGCUCCUCCAUCCGUGCAGAAAUGGAAUGAUGCAACUGCUAGUAAAAAUUCCCACGAUGAUAACAGUAUGCUACUAAGUGCCUCCUUUGAGUCUUAUAAAGAGGAAGCUGAUCGGUUUAUUCAGAUUGUGAAUGCAGAUGAGUCAUUAAGAAGUUAUGCUGCCACAGUACUAGCAAAGACUAAAGGAGACAUAAGUAUGGCACUUGAUAUUUAUUUUUCAGAACACAAAGAUGUUGGAGAAACUAAUGGAUGCAGGAUUUCUGAAAGCAGCAAAGUGGUGCAACCUGUUAAAGAGGUUUUCCCUUCUUCCAAAGAUGAAAAGUCGCCCAAAAGAUUAGGAGAUGACCCGGAUUGGUCCUUGUCUGGAGUUCCCUUAGCCAAUACUGGUGUAAAUUAUGUAUCACUUCCACCUGAGAAAUAUUCUCCUUUGGAACAUGCUAGCUGGAGCAAGGGGCAGGCUGCUCCAUACCUACAUCUUUCACGGACUUUUGAAUUGGUAGAGGAAGAAAAAGGCAAGAUAAAAGCAACAUCAAUGUUAUGCAAUAUGUUUCGGAGCUUGCUGGCAUUGUCUCCUGAGGAUGUGCUUCCUGCAGUGUACUUGUGCACAAACAAGAUAGCUCCUGACCAUGAAAAUAUGGUUAGUCUAAUACCAUAAUUGUCUAUAAGAUUU